ACGCCAUGCGCCAGUCACUCAAACGCCGGCGGCGCACGCGCAUGUGGCAACGUCAUCAUGCUACAAUAGUGAUUUUGUGAAUUAGUGUUGUAUACCUGUGUUGUUUUGCAUGAAAAAUAUGUGAUGUGUGUGCAAUGUGCAUAACCGAAACAUAGGAUCAUUUUUGGAUUUCAUUACCGCGAUGCGCGUGCGGCGCGGCGCGGUGCGAUGAGCGCGGCGCUGGUGGUGCUCGCGCUCGUGGUCGGUGCGCGCGCGCAGCUUCGCCCCGCCGACGCGCCGCCGCCCGUCAACGAUACCAGGUGCGGCGCGGAGUGCGUGCGGUGCGCGGCGGACGGGUGUGUGAAGUGCGCACGGCUGCUGGUGUACCCCGGCGGUGACUGCGUGGACCGCUGCCCCGCGGGCACGCAGGAGUCCUGGGCGCACGAUGACCAUCUCAUGGGCAGAGUGUGCUAUCCCGCACAUAGCUAUAAUGAGGUACUAAUAGGUGGCGCGUGCGGAGCGGCUUUCUGCAUCGCGUUGGUGGCCGCCAUUGCUGCGUACGCGCGGUGUCGCGGCAGCGCUCGUGCGCAGUCGCAGCGACUGCCGCAACCGCAUAACGACGACGACGGACAGCUCAGGGAGUUUCAUAAGCAGCUGGACUAUUUGCGGCCCCACGCGUACACGCUGCUGGCGAUACUGAACCACACGCGGCACCAGGUCCGGGAGCUGUACCAGUUGGGGAACAACGACGCCGCCAUGGCAUACAGUUGUGUACUCAGCGAUUUAGCCAAGCUGCUGAUUCUGCUGAACAAGCAACAGGUACCCGUGGUGCCAGAGGAGUGGCCGCGACUAGCCAGUUGGGCUGAAAGAAUAUUAAAACGCUACAGUCGACUGAGCGUGAGUCAGGAGCCCCAAAGUCAGUUAGGUGCGUUCCUGCCCCCUCCGCCGAGCGGCAGUUCCGACUCGUCGACGACGCAGCAGUCGUUUACGACAUUCAAACCUCCUUCGUACUCUCCGACGUCGUACGAGAGUCACACCCUAUCCAAAGACGAGAGCCCGUUGGAGUGGAAGGACGCGGGAAGGCCACCCAGCUACUCUCAGAUAGAGAGCGAGACCAUCGUUCUCUCAGACCCCUGGGAGAGAAGACCGAUAGUGAGACGAGAGAGCGUAUGGCUGGAAGACGAACUUUUCGAAAUGACGAGGCGGCCACAAGACGAGUUGACCACUGAACUUUAGCACUUAAGCUCUAUUGUAGUCACAUUUUUAUUACGUUGAACAAUCAAGAAAUGCGUAAGUAAUUUUUUUCCAAAGUUUAAGCGGUUUUUUUUUAUAUAUUUUCAAAUCAAUAGCACACGCUGAAGCUAACUAGGUAGGCACCUCGUUUUAAACAAACUCUUUGAUAGAACUCAUAGAAGAUAUUGUCUAGUUAACUUCUGCGUGACAAUUUAUGCACCUUAAUAAUUAAGUAAGUAUUAAUAAAUACAUUGAUACAAUAUAUAAGU